UUGUAUUUAGCUGCAAAAUGCGAUACAUUUUCUGAAGGAUUCUGAACGUGUGUAAGUAUUUUUCAAUCCGCUUUUGUAUGCAGGCUAUUAUGAGUAAAUAAUUUAAAGCAAUCUAAUGUGGCUAAGUGAACACAAUCGUCAUAUUAAAAGAUUAUCUGCGAUAAAUUUUCCAUCAAUUGUGUAUGCCAGCGCAAUGCAUCCUUUACAAGGAUUGAUGCAACCAUCAGUCCCAGUAUGCAGCUACAAGCACCAACCACCCCUGGGCCAACCGAAGAACCACCAACUCCAACUGAUAAAGGCAAAGGAAAGGGAGGCAUCAUAGCUGGUGCUGUAAUUGGUGGCAUCAUUUUCGUUGCACUGAUUGUGGUUGGCAUAGUUCUGUUCUUACGAUGGAAAAAAAAUCAUCCGUCCAAAACUGAUACAAGUGAACAAAUGAAAAGCUUGAAAACGACCAAAUCAACAGAAGAAGGGGUGCACUAUGCCUCAACAGACGUCACAGUACCUCCAGAGAAACGUGAUCAACAAGUUUACGCUCAAGUUGACCGAAGUGGUGGUGGUGGAAGAGAUGGACCUAAACCGGAAGUCGUAAAAAGUGAUUACGCGCAAAUGCAAGUCGAUGCUGAUGGUUAUCCUGCUUCUGGUCCAACGAGCAGCACGCCACCGGACGAAUACGAAGAUGGGAUUUCAAGUGGUGUUGUGGUGUGAGAGGUGGCCGGUGGCCUCUGGCUGGUGCUAAGGGCGAGUUCUGUGUGAAAAUCAUUAAAGAAGGAAUCGAGAAAUUGAUUAUAUUUUGUCGCUUAUGUGAAUGAAUAGGUAGAUUAAACCAAUCCUUCUCGAAUCUUCAAAUUUCACUGUUUUUUUCUACAUCUUUCCUGAUUUUAGCAUGCCUAUAAAUUGUUUCUAAAUUAUGGCGUACUCAAGUGUUAAUAAGGUGUUCCGUGCAAGCAGUCCUGCUGUCUUUGUGUUAACUUUUGCUGCAGUCAGUUAUUAAACCUGCUUUGUAAAGUUUUACUUACAGGGACGGUUGAUUUUCAAGGUUUAAGUAUUUUAAGACAUUUUUUUAUUUGAUUUUUUAAUUCGAAAUCUGCAUUUGUAUUAUAUUAGACAUUGAGAUUCUUAUUUGCACUUAGCUAUAGAAUUGUUAUGUAAGGGAUAGGUAAUAUGAAACUGCACGACUAUUUCAAUUUACUUUUAUCCUUUUGUCUUGAUAUAAUUCUUAGUUUUUAUCUUCAGUAUAUUCUAACUUUAAAGUAGAGGCGUUUAGAGUAGAGUAGAGGCUCAGUAGAGGCGUCAAUUGAUAAUUUGCUUGAAUUUUUUUGAUUCUACAUUCUAAAAAGUAAAACUAAUCUGCUGCUUUAAUUACUGAGAAAGUAAAACUAGUUAGCUGUAAUUCUAGGAAAGCGUUUUGACAAAUUGCUAUUACUUUUGGUAAAGUAAAGCCAAUUUGAUCAUGUAGUCUACUGACUAAAAUGUUUAAGAUUUUUAAUUAUAGAUUAAAAAAAUUUGUUAUUGUUUUUUUUAUUAAGGGAUUUUUUAUGAGUUUCAUUAUUUUUAAAGUUUGAGGCUCAUGAAACUAGAAUUCCAUUUUACAGUUGUCACUCAUUAAAAUAAUCUGACUCUUGAGGCAAAAACAAAGUUCUUACAAAAGGUAACCUGAUCGUGGUGAAACACAGGAGUUUUAAAUAACCCUCAAAAAUACGUUUUACGUGUUAAGUUUUUACUUUCAAUUCCAUAUAUACGUUUUUUUUAUGUAAGAAACAAAACUUUUUUAUGUCAUGCCGGAAGUUCCUUAACUUUAAUGUUUCAUACCUUUAAAUCCUUUUAAACAAGUGACCUGUCUAUUUUUUAAUCCCAGCCUUGCUUUAAGGGAACUUGUGUUUCUUAUAAAAAAGGACGGUGUAUAUGGUGAAAUUUAUUUUAAAGAAACUGCUAUCAUCUCAUCCCUCUUUCUAUACACUUAUAUUUACUUUUGUUCAUCCGAGAAACAUUUCCUGGGUUCUAGUUUACAUUGCUGUCAAAUGUAUUAAGAUUAAGUAUUAAGUAUAUGUCGAAAUUCGUGUUGUGUUACUUUUUAUCGGGUUAAUUAUGUUUUUGUGUUACUACGGUAAUAUUGUUAUAUUUGUUGUGGGUUAAUGAAAAUAAAGUUUCCAAGUUGA